AACGAGUUGAGCGACGGACCCGCUGCCAGCGUUGCAUAGGACCUGUCUCUAGAAAGUAUUGUCCUGGAUUUUGCGUCUCAGUAAGCUCUGACCACUACCGUACCACCCAUCCAAUACGCCAUGUCUGUGUACACUGGGGAAUCCCGGGGAGAGCUUUUGGCGUGGUUGAAUGACCUGCUCGGUGCAACUGCCCCGGCCAAAGUCGAGGAAUGCGGUAAAGGGUACACGUAUUGUCAGAUCCUGGACUCUGUAUAUGGUGACAUACCAAUGGCGCGAGUCAAAUUCAACGCCAGGAUGGAGUACGAGUACCUUGAAAACUUCAAAAUCUUACAAAAAGGAUUCAAGACCCACCGCAUAGACAAGCCCAUUCUCGUGGACAAACUUGUGAAAUGCAAAAUGCAGGACAACCUCGAAUUCUUGCAGUGGAUGAAGAAAUUUUGGGAUGCAAAUGCCAGGGGUGACGAGUACAACGCGGCGGGGAGAACAGGCGGCGUCGUCCCCCCGAGUGCUCCCUCAUCAUCCCGUGCUCCAGCUGCUCGACCCGCCGGCGUCUCACGGACAGCAGGGGUCGGUGCCGCUCGAUCGGGCUCGGCGGCGAGUACGGGUCAGCUCAAUGACUUGCGAGAACAAGUCGCGGAAAUGCAAGCGCAUUGCGAGACCGUGGAGAGGGAACGAGACUUUUACUUUGACAAACUGCGCCAGAUCGAACUCAUCGUUCAGCAGCGAAGUGGAAUCGAGGGACUCGAGACGGGUGAAAAAGACAUGAUUGGUCAGAUUCAAGAAAUCUUGUAUUCCACAGCGGAGGGCUUUGAACUUCCGGACAACGAGGCCGCACAAGCCCCAGCUGAUGAAGAGACAUUUUAGACGGCGUGGACCAGGAGCCGCAGAUGUGCGAACAGGACUUGGCAUAAUGACAAAUGGGCAUGCAAUCGAGUGCCAUAGCUACCUCAAGCAGUCCCUGCCCAGGUCAAAUUCUGCAUCAAAAGCCAUCAGCUAGUGGACU